GUACCAAACGCAACAAUGGCUGUCCCAAUACCAGAAGGCAGUAAGACGCCAUAUGUGUUCCUGGGCAAGUCGGGACUGAAAGUGUCCAACAUCACCCUGGGAACUAUGACCUUUGGAGAGAACCAGUUCGGGAGGCCCGGAAACACAGAUGAAGCUCAGUCACACGAGAUCAUCAACCGUUACGUAGAAUGGGGAGGUAACUUUCUGGACACGGCGGACGUCUAUGGAAUGGGCAUCUCUGAAUCUAUCGUAGGACGCUGGCUGGAGACACAGCCCAGGGACAAAUUUGUGAUCGCCACCAAAUGUCGUUUUGAUGUGGGGACGGAGAAUAACAUCAACAACGUGGGACUGAGUCGACGUCACAUUACUGAAAGUAUCGAUAGAAGUCUUCAGAGACUGCAUACAGACUUUGUGGAUCUUUACCAGUUCGUGUGGGCAAAAGUCCGCUACAUUGGUGCCAGUAACGUCACUGGUUGGCAGCUGCAGAAACUGGUGGGAAUCGUCGACAGGUUGGGACUCAACCCUAUUGUCAGUCUACAGCAACAGUACAACUUGGUGAUCCGUGAGUCAGAGCUGGAGUCAUUCCAGGUGUGCAAGAACGAGGGUAUUGGCGUGCUGCCCUGGAGUCCUCUCAAAGGGGGUUUGCUGGCAGGAAAGGUCAAGAGGGGUCAGAAACCGACGGAAGGCAGGAUGAGCUGGGUGGCAGCGGACGAGUCCAAGGAAAUGCAGUCGGCCCCAAACUGGAAGAAACUUGACGAUAAAACCUUUGACCUUCUGGAGGCUUUGGAAGCUAUAGCAAAGAAACACGCCAAGAGUGUCCCGCAGGUGGCCAUCCGCUGGCUUCUACAGAAGGACGUCGUCUCGUCAGUCAUCAUUGGGGCCAGAACUCUUGCCCAACUGGAUGACAACAUGGGAGCUAACGGAUGGAGCUUGACCCUAGAAGAG